GUUCAGUACUGUGGCUUGCUGUUUCGCCACGAGGGCUGGCCCCUGUGUAUCCACGAGAAGAUUGUAGUCCAGCUGGCUUCCAUUGACUGGCGAAUCUUGAAGCCUGGUGACUUCUACCUGCAGGUGGUCCCCUAUCUGAAGAAGUCUCCACGAAUUGUGUUGAAAUGUUUGGCAAGAGACAGGCAUAAUGUAGAGGAAGUUGUGAUUCCAGAAGUUUCCUAUACCUCUAUUUUUACCCUGGAAUGGUUGAGUACUUUCAAUGGAGAGCGGAUGGGUAUAGCACUGGAAAAUUGUUUAUUAACCACUGAUGAUAAAAUAUUUCGCAUCCCCUGGGAUAAAGUGGUUAAUCCUGAAUUUAUAAAUAAACCCAAAAUAAUUGAAACCAAUAUCAUCUCUCCGGAAACAACAGAGGAACGUUCAGUUUUGUGCCUCCCUAUGGACCAUGCUGAGUGCAGUUCACCAGACCUAGGAUCUCAGUAUCUACAGGAACAAAGUCCAAACCCAGCCAGCCUGGUGGCGAGCAGCACAGCUCCGCAGUUAAGCGAAGCUCUUGUCAAUGGUGUCUGUCCAAGUCUUGUGCCUCAAGACGACUUGAAAAGUGACCUUGAAGGGGAGUACGUUGAGUUGACAGAAGUUUCACUGCCCAGGUUUGGGCCACAGACAGGCUCUUUAACCCAGUCGCUAGCUUUAAAUUACCUAACGCAGCCCAGAACGCGAGUGAAUGUGUCUAAAGGCAAACACAAGUUUAUUGUCAUUCAGGACAGUACCUACUCCAAGAACUUAGUUCAGUCAGCACGUAUGCAAAAGGAGCACUGUCAGAUGGACGCUCUGAGGACUUCUUCUGCAGAAGCUCUUGAAAAUGCGGUUCUGUUGGCAAGUGACAGAAUGAUGGCAGGCGGAGAGCUGUGCCCAGAAGGCCAGCUGGUAUCCGGUGGUCCUGGAGACAUGGGGAAUAGCCUUCCUGGGGCUGAAUCUCCUGCCUGCAGUGCAGAGGAUUCACCUGCAGAGCAGGAGACCCGCAGCGAACACUCCAUCGAUUGGCAAUACGCGCUGUGCAGCCACAGCGACACGUGUGCUGGAGAUGGCGUCAACCGCAAAGCACCAACGCCUGGUGCUCCUGGAAACGUGGAAGGAGAAGGUCCUAGCAGAAAUCCUGGUGCUGAAACAUCAGAGCAGAGCCCAGAAACAAUUCAGGAUGCUACUGCUGCUAAAGAGGAGGUGAUACAUGGAGAACCACUGACCGAGGGCCAAAAUGAGGUGACACAGAUGGGCACCUCUCCUGUUUCUGUCCUAGAGCCUUUGGGACCGCAUUCCACGCUGAAGGAAGGUGCUGAUGUUUCUUGCCAGAGUGUCAGUGAAAGUGUUGCACCAGUCCAGGCCACUACGUCACUUAUCACACCUGAGAGUUCAGCCACAGGCGUGGAGAGAGGGUCCCCUUCAGGGCACACGGCAGAUUUGGGAGCAGUUGACGCUUGCGGCAGCGAUCAGGAAGCAAGUUUUAAUUCUCCAUUAAAUCCUCCAGAGCAGAACCAAGGAGAAGUAGAUGCGUUUGAGCUGGGAAGAAGGGACAGCCUGGAAGAAGUCAAAGAGAUUGAAGAAAUACUGACUCUAAAUGAGAAUCAGACCAGUCAUAACGAUUGUUCUGAAGUCAGGGUUCCUACAGAUGGACUCGUGUCGGAUGGUGAAAAGCAAGAGGUCUGUGCCUGUCAGCAUAAGAAGGUUGAAGAAGCUGCACCACUCCAAACUGCUCUGUCAACAGAGGCUGAUCAGACGGCAGAGCAGUUACAUAACGGUGACUCUUGGGUGGGCCCUGAUGCACGAGGAGAAGGCUCAGGUCAGUUCAGAACGCAGACGUCUGGAGAGAGGUGUGAGGAACCACAAAGACAGGCAGAAAACGAGGGCUGUGAAAGCGAAGAGAACUCUGCGCUGAACCUGGAGUGUGUUGCAGGAGGGGACUUGCAGAGAAGGGAAGAGAACCAGGGAAGUUUUCCCUGUGGGGAAAGGUCAAAGUCUGCGGCCUUAAAAACACUGGAAUCCAUUGAAGAGGAACUGGAGGUUGCACCAGUGUCCUCGGGCCCCACCGAGGAGCGUACGGACUCCCACCAAGAGGCAGCUUCUGGGACAUCAUCCCCUAAAGGGAUGGUGUCGGAAGGGGCAGAGACGAGAAAAGAAGCAACUGACACAGAUGAGUCGAAACCAGUGAGCAAAGUCAGUGCCUCAGAGGAAACCUCGACAGCCGUUAGUCCCCCGUCAUCCCCAGCUCCUGGGAUUGCCUGGGGUGGUCGGUCUGCACCCACCAUAGUCAAGGAUGUGAACCCCGAAGUGCUCAGGAGCGGAGUUGCCUGCCUGCCCG